UCUACGGAAACGUGACAGCUGUCUCGGAUGGACGGGAAUACCAGAUUACACGCUUUACAAACUCAGCCAGGGACACAGUGCUGUGUCUGAGGAAGCAGACAGAAGCGUUUGUGUGUGUGUGUGUGUGUGUGUGUGUGUCCCAACAAAACAACGGUCUAGACAACGGUGCGUAAAUAUUGGAGGAAAUUUGGGAAGAAAGGUAGAAAGGAAGAGAGCAGAAGCUCCUGCGCGGUGCGACCGCCACCAUGGCGCAUCUGUCGUAUAUCAGCAACCAGAACACUCGUCUGGAUCCUGAGCAGUAUUUCACCAAACUAGAGCGCAUCGGCAAAGGCUCCUUUGGAGAAGUUUACAAAGGAAUUAACAACCACACCAAAGAGGUAGUGGCUAUUAAGAUCAUAGAUCUGGAGGAGGCAGAGGAUGAGAUCGAAGACAUUCAGCAGGAGAUCACAGUUCUCAGCCAGUGUGACAGUCCCUUCGUCACCAAGUACUUUGGCUCUUACCUGAAGGGCACUAAGCUGUGGAUCAUCAUGGAGUAUUUGGGUGGUGGUUCUGCACUAGACAUGCUAAAGCCAGGACCUCUGGAGGAGGCCUACAUCGCCACUAUUCUCCGAGAGAUCCUUAAAGGACUGGACUACCUCCACUUAGAGAGGAAGAUCCACAGGGACAUUAAAGCUGCUAACGUGUUGCUGUCAGAGCACGGAGAGGUGAAGCUGGCCGACUUCGGCGUGGCAGGUCAGCUAACAGACACACAGAUCAAGAGGAACACUUUUGUGGGAACACCAUUCUGGAUGGCUCCUGAAGUCAUUAAACAGUCUGCAUAUGAUUUUAAGGCUGACAUCUGGUCAUUAGGCAUCACAGCCAUUGAGCUGGCCAAAGGAGAGCCCCCGAACUCAGACCUGCACCCCAUGAGGGUUCUUUUCCUCAUCCCUAAAAACAACCCGCCCACUCUGGAGGGUAACUACAGCAAGGCCUUCAAGGAGUUUGUGGAAGCGUGUCUUAACAAAGACCCACGGUUUAGACCAACAGCCAAAGAGCUGCUUAAGCAUAAAUUUAUUAGUCGCUACACUAGGAAAACAUCCUACUUAGCAGAGCUGAUCGACCGCUACCGACGCUGGAAGUCUGAGGGCCAUGGGGAUGAGUCCAGCUCUGAUGACUCAGACAUGGAUGGUGAAGGCGAAGCAGAUCAGAGUCCUAUGUGGACGUUCCCUCCCACCGUAAGACAACCUUUGAACAAGCUUCAGAGAGGAAAUAACAAUCCAGAGAAUAAGACAGAUGUGAUGAAGAGAAAACCGAAGUCCUCCUCACUCAAAACACUCCUCAUACCGGCCUUUAGAGAGAUCAAAGAAAAGCGCCGUGUGACUGGAGGAGUUGUGUGUGCAUUAGAGGAGCUGGAGAAUGCCUUUAACCUGGCAGAGGAGUCGAGUCCGGGAAUCUCAGACCGUUUACUCACCCAUGUGGUUGAGAGAAUGUGCAGGUUUACACUUAAUGGGAACACAACACCUCCAAAGCGAUGAGAGCUCUUAGAGAAAACAGUCUGCAUUAAAUCACACCAUCGAUCCACCUUCUUCAUGGUAUCCUCUCCAACACCGUUUAUAAAAGGCCUGGACCUUUUCAUCAGUGCCACCCAUCUUAUUAUUAUGGCACAUUAUGGGAUGUGUUUCAUCGUUUCUUUAUAGAAUAAUGAUUGCUUUUACAAAGUCAAGAUCUGUCUAUAGCAGGAUUUGAUGUUAGAUUUUACCAUAUUAAUAAACCUCAAGGAUACAAAGAUAUGGAGCUGCGUUUUAGAACAGAAACUAAGGCAUUGAAUGCUUUAUGAAUUAUAGAUUCCAUUACAAAUAAGAGACUACAUUUCAAUCUCAGAUCCAAAAUUAAUUACCAGAUUUGUUUUUAUUAGUUUUUUUUUUUAAAUGUAAUGACAUGGGACUGACUACAGCAACAUGGUACACAAAUAGGAGCAUUGUGCAUCAGAGACAGGAGUAAAAGAUGGCGUUCAGAGUCACUCUAAAUGGUAGAAGCAACCUGGAGCUUUGGUAAAGCUCAUUCUAAACUCUACAUGUGACGUGUGAAAAUGACUUUUUACGUGGAAAGGAUAGUCAAGAGAGAAAUAUUACAAAUUCCAGUUUGGGUAAAGAAGUGUAAAAAAAAGUAAUGAGCAAAAAAACAACCAGAGGUUUGAUGAAACUGCUAAUAAUCCAGGAUUUAUGAAUUGUGCAUAAUAUCUGCUUACUUAUAUUAAAAAAGUAUCCAUAUAGUCACAAGUACCGAUUAAUGUGUGGCUGAAAAAACUUCAGCCAAGGUAUUCAGUCUUAUGAGACAUUUAGGUCUUUGGUUGGACCCAAUACAGCAUCCAUUUCCCAAUGUAGCAGACUGUGAUUCAAUCAAUAUCAAGUCAAAUCUCCCAGAUAAGAUCAAAUUAAUUUACAGUUAAUCUCAGCCCUUACGAGUAAACACAACAUAUAUCGGUUUCAUAAAGGAACACUUCAGGUGAAAGUGAAAUCUACACAAUUUUAUCCAUAUACCAACACAAAUGAUCAGCCAAGAAUCAUCUGAUGUCUGUCUGUUUUAGUUUUGCACUAAUAGCUGCUAUGUGAUGUGGUUUCUGAGUAAUGGCACAUAGUAAUGUAUUAAAAAAAAGAACAGAAUUAAUACAUACAGCAAAAAAAAGACAGUAGUAGCAGCCACACGGAAGCCAGAAUCACUUUCCUCCUCAGCACAGUUUGUCGUCACUCCACACAAACAGGUUUGAAGUAAGAACCGUCCAUUAAAGAUUAUUUGGAUGAAGUUAUUUUCUUCACUGACUUAUUUUUCUAUGUAAUGAAACCUUUUGUUCAUUGACGUGUGUGUUUGUGUGUGUGUGGCUAUAUCCUUGCAGCUUUCAUGCAGAACCAAAUUUCAAUCACCAAACCUGUCUUGGGUAACCAGCAGCAGUUGGAUACAUGAAAAACUGUGUAAAUCAAACUGUUCACAGAAAUAUUCCUUUAAAAGAAACUUUGACAACCCAAAUAUUUACAUAAAAUAACUGGCCCUUAUAGUGGAACAAAGGAUUAAUAAUAACACAGAAAACAGCAUAACCUGUGCUUCAACACUUC